UUCGUCUUUGUAAUGAAAACAUCGUUUUCAGUUUCACGAGAGACUUUAACACCCCUAAUUAAUGAGAAGAAAGGUAUUUUUGAUAAGUUGACCUGAAAAAUAAGGUCAAGGCGAACUAUAAAAUUAAUAAAAUCAUAGAAAAGAAUAAUCAUCUGAAUUCCACCAAAUACAAAACACGGAGUCGGAAGUAAAUAAUCGAUAUGGAAACUAAUGAUGUUAAAACAUUCCAUCAGUGUGUUGUAUGUGAUGAGAUUUUUCAACAACUAGAUGAUUUAAAACAACACAAUAAAAUACAUGUUAAAGAAGAGAAAACUGAUGACGUAAAUGAAUAUUGUCAUGUUCAAUUUAAAGCAGAGAAAACUGAUGAUGUAGAUGGAUAUUGUUCUGUUAAAGAAGAGAAAACUGAUGAUAUUGAAACAGUUUAUCAGUGUAAUUUAUGUGAUGAAGAAUUUAAAUCGGAUACUGAUUUAGAGAUACAUUGCAAAAUACAUGUUGAAGAAGAGUUGAAAGCUGAUAAUGAUAUUGAUGUAGUCCUACAAUCACCUGAUGGUCAAGGUAGUGAUGUAGGUCUACCAUCAGCUGACGGUGAAACUGCAACAAAACGUUUUAAAUGUAAUGUUUGUAGUAAAUUAUUUAUUCAUAAUAGUGGUCUACAAACACACAUGAGAAUUCAUACUGGUGAAAAGCCAUAUAAAUGUGAUGUUUGUGGUAAAUCAUUUCCACAGAGUAGUCAUAUAUACAGGCAUAUGAAAAUCCAUACGGGAGAAAGGCCUUAUAACUGUGAUGUUUGUAAUAAGUCAUUUGGCCAUAGUGAUUACUUGAAGCAGCACAUGAAGACACAUACUGUUGGAAAACCAUAUAAAUGUGAUGUUUGUAGUAAAUUAUUUUCAACUUCUAGUGCCAUACAGCAACACAUGAGAAUUCAUACUGGUGAAAAACCUUAUAAAUGCGAUAUUUGUAGUAAAUUAUUUAGACAUAGUUGUAGUCUACUGCAACAUGUGAGAACUAAUUGUGGAUCAUUCACAGAGAAAACUAAACUUCCAAUACCGAUAACAACUAAUACUGUAGAGAAACCUUAUAAAUGUGAUGUUUGUAGUAAAUCAUAUACUGAACGAAGUACUCUACGGAAGCACAUGAGAAUUCAUACGGGCGAAAAACCGUUUCAGUGUGGUGUUUGUAGUCGAUCAUUCACCGAGAGUGGUACUCUACAGAGACACAUGCGAAUCCAUACAGGUGAAAGACCUUAUACAUGUGAUGUUUGUAAUAAAUCAUUUGCUGUACGUGGAACUUUACGGAAGCAUGUACGAACUCAUACAGGCGAAAAACCCUUUAAAUGUGAUGUUUGUAGUAAAUCAUUUACUGAACGAGGAACUCUACGGAAACACAUGAUUAUUCAUAUUGGAGAAACCCCAUGAAUGUGAUGUUUGUAGUAAAUCAUAUACUGAACGAGGUACUUUACGGAAACACAUGAUAAUUCAUAUUGGAGAAACCUUAUAAAUGUGAUGUUUGUAGUAAAUCAUUUACUGAACGAGGAACUCUACGGAAACACAUGAUUAUUCAUAUUGGAGAAACCUCAUGAAUGUGAUGUUUCUAGUACUCUUAGUUUAGAAAACAAACCUUAUGUUAUAUAGUUCAAUCACUUAGGUUAAAAAAUUAGAAUACAGGGCAAUCU